UAGCUUCGUAAGUGCGACGUGAUAGGCUAGUGCUUCCCCUAUACUUCCUUGAAAUAGAGGCGGCCCAGCGUGCGCGUGACGUCGUGUUUCGCUUUGGCGCGCUUCCUGGAUUUGCCCAGCUGCGAAUCUUCGUCCAGUCACUAAAAAUGCCCAAGCGCUCGUACCCGUUUGAUGGCGUCUCUCCCUUACAACUCAAGACUCAUGUUGGUGACAAGGAGCUGUGCCAGGGUGUAGCCGGUGACACACUGAUGCGGGACAUUUUUGAAAAGACUAAGAUGUUGUUGUUCAAGGGAGCUAAAGCCGUUCUGGGAAAUAAAGAGCACCAAAGUGAAAAUGGCCAAGAAAUUUCUCUUCCCGAACUCCCAUCUGGACAGACUGUUAUUGGACAAGAUGGCAAACUGUGCAGGAACACUCAGUCACACACAUCUACUCCGACAGGAGUUUCCAAAGCCUGUUCUUCCUGCGUCAGAUCUGUUGCUGACCAAGAAACCUGCUCACAGUGUGAACGUUAUGUUUGCAAUGAGUGCUGCAAGGAAUGCGGCUGUUGCUCUGCAAUCAUCUGCUCCUUCUGCAUAGAAGUUUUAUCUAUCUGUGAACCCUGCACUCCAAAAAACAGAGAGCCAUUGGAACAAUGACGGUUCUACACACAAGUGCUUUGGAUUCGAUCAUGCUCCACUUUCAGGCAACAAACUUCUAUCAACUUUCUAUUUUUUCCCUCUUGUUUUUGUAUUUUUUUUUUAAAUUUUAAAAAAAUGUUAUUUAAAACAGCAAUAAAUAUCAUAGCAUUGCGUUUCGAGCAGCUAUUUGUCCCUCUGGAUAACGCCAUGGCUUUGAAUGUCAGCGUCUUUAUUGCUAAUGGAGAUAUUGCAAUCCCGUGUGCGCAUCACAAAUAUGAGAUACCUUGGUUAAAAUUAGCCUGAAGCUGAUUCUAAUUUCAAUUUGCUGAAAUUAAUUUGCAUAAUUCCCAGCACUUGGUCCAACUUUCAGAUUGCCUUCUUCCCCUACAGCUUACUCACUAUAACCUGGUGCAUCAAGUCCCUAAAAAUUGCCUAUGGUAUUAACCAGAUUAAAGGAGAAACAAACCAUUGAUAA